AUGUUAGGAGAGUCCACAGCCUUUGCCUAUCACGUUCCAAAAGAACAAGAAGAACUUAUAAUUGUGAAGGAUGAAGAAGAGAAUUAUGUUUGCAGGCGGGAAUUUGGUCUUCAGGGAAGCGUCCUCCAUAGCCAGGAAAUCUUCCGCCAGCAGUUUAGGCAGUUUGAUUACUCUGACUCCUCUGGGCCGCGGGAGGCUCUGAGCCAACUCUGGGAGCUCUGCCGCUAGUGGCUGAGGCCAGAGACAUGCUCCAAGGAGCAGAUUCUGGAGCAGCUGGUGCUGGAGCAGUUCCUGGCCAUCCUGCCUGAGGAGCUACAGGCCUGGGUGAGAGAGCAUCGGCCAAAAAGUGGAGAGGAAGCUGUGACUGUGCUGGAGGAGCUGGAGAAAGAACUUGAUGAACCAAGGCAACAGGUUAUAGCUCAUGGCCAGGAAAUCAUCUGGAAGGAAAUGACAUCCAUGGAAGCAUUGAAGUCCCUGAGUAGUCAACUCCAGCCCUUGGAAAACCAGUGCAAGAAUGAAACGCAUGAGUCCCAGGCUUUCCAUGAAAGGGAAGACACAAUGGUGGCCAACAGAAAGUUGACUGCAAAGCAAGAAAUUAUUGAAUGUGUUACAUCAGCAGACUUGAUAUCCCCAGGAAGACUACCUGGGAAAACUCCUUCAGGACAGAUGGUUGAAAAAGCUUUGGGAGGUCUGGACAACUUUGAGAAACAAACGAAAAAUGUUGCAAGGAAUAAACUGAAUCAGCUCCCUUCCCAGGAAACACAUUUCAACCUGGCAGCUUUCAACAAGAAAAUCCCCACAGCAGAGACUGUUCUUGAAUGUAAUCAGAGUGAAGGAAAUCUCAGUCUGAACUCAAAUGUUAUUACACAACAAAGAAUUCACAGUGGAGAAAAGCUCUAUGAGUGCUUUGAUUGUGGGAAAGCUUUCUUACAGAGCUCAAAGCUGAUCAGACAUCAGAGAAUUCAUACUGGUGAGAAACCAUAUGCAUGUAAAGAAUGUGGUAAAGCCUUCAGUUUGAGCUCAGACCUUGUUAGACAUCAGAGAAUUCAUAGUGGUGAAAAACCCUAUGAAUGUUGUGAAUGUGGAAAAGCUUUCAGGGGUAGCUUAGAGCUCAUUAGGCAUCAGAGAAUUCACACUGGAGAGAAACCUUAUGAAUGUGGUGUAUGUGGGAAAGCCUUCAACCGGAGCUCAGCCCUUAUUCAGCAUCAGAAAAUUCAUAUUGGAGAUAAAGGCUAUGAAUGUAAUGAGUGUGGUAAGGCUUUUAGUAGAAGCUCUGUCCUUAUUGAACAUAAAAGAAUUCACACUGGAGAGAAACCUUAUGAAUGUAAUGAAUGUGGGAAAUCAUUCAAUCAGAGUUCAGCCCUCACUCAGCACCAGAGAAUCCACACUGGUGAGAAGCCUUAUGAAUGUAGUGAGUGUAGGAAAACAUUUAGGCACAGGUCAGGCCUUAUGCAGCAUCAUAGAACUCACACCAGAGUUUAA